GCUUGUAGUUUUUUUUUUUUGCAGUGCGCAAUUGUAGCGAGCAAUUUGUAACUUUCUUUUGCAGACAGGAGAUAGCAAAUUAUAGGGGCUAGAGAAAAAAGGUCUUAUUACGAAAUUUACGUUCUAGAAUCAAUAUUCAAACAUGAUCUUGUUAUGCCAUAGAAAUAACUAAAGUAUAUUUGGAUUGUAAUAUUUAUUUUAUUGCCAGUUAUUACACCAUACGGUUCAUUUCCCAUUGCUUCUUUUUAUUAACAUAACUACGAAAGAUAGCUACGAAAUCCCGCAAAUUACGCAAUGGCUGAUACAUCGGAAGAUAAAAUAGAGGUGACCGAGAAUGAAGAAUGGAAAACAGCAGCCAAAGGUAAAAAGAGGAAGCGGGCCAAUACAGAGAAAAUGGACGAUGAGGCUGCUGAGCAAGGAUCAGCCAUGGAUGUAUCUCAACGUCCCUACUUUCCACCAGUAAAGAAGGAGAAGCUGCAGAAAGGCACAGAAGUUCGCAAAAUACCAGUACCUGCACACAGAUACACACCGUUGAAGGAGAACUGGAUGAAGAUAUUCACACCAGUUGUGGAGCAACUGAACCUCCAGAUAAGAUUCAACCUCAAAAUCAGGAACGUGGAAAUUCGGACAUGUAAGGAGACCACCGACGUAUCGAACCUUCAGAAGGCAGCUGACUUUGUGCGCGCCUUCAUCCUCGGCUUUGAGGUGGACGACGCCCUGGCGCUUCUCCGUCUCGAUGACAUCUUCAUCGACUCAUUCGACAUUCAGGACGUAAAACAGCUGAAAGGAGAUCACCUGUCUCGCGCCAUCGGUCGGCUGGCUGGCAAGAACGGCAAGACCAAGUUCACGAUCGAGAACCAGACACGGACGCGGAUCGUGGUGGCCGAUCACCGGGUGCAUAUUCUGGGCGCCUUCUCCAACACGGCUGCCGCCCGGCGCGCCCUCUGCGAGCUGAUCCUCGGGAGCCCGCCUUCCAAGGUAUUCGGUCACAUCAGAAAUGUGGUUGUGACGUAACAUCUCAGCUUCUUCUAUCGAUGGACAUUUUUUUUCUUGUUUCGCCCGAUACCGAAAGGAAUAUUCAACACGAAAUGUCGGGCAGCCGGACUGCGCGUCGAGCCGUGCUGGUGUGGUGGCACAAUAGAGGAGCUCCAGAAUGUGGCCUUCGCCUGGACACGUCAGCAUGAGGAUCUUUUACUGCCGUGUCGGUGUUACUGGGAAUGUGAACGUUAUGUCGAAAACGCCGACAUUAUCCGUUGGGACAUCGGGCAUAUGUUCGUGUGUAUGUGCUCAUGAGAUGAUUAUGAACAUGAUUCGAACGUUGAAUGUAAUACAUUAACCAUCGGGUCAUC